AUGCGGUUUACACUGCGACCCCGGAGUGGCUGCUUGGUGCUGUGUCUUUCUGUCUCUCUGCUCACCCUGCUGCUGCAGAGCCUCUGGGUGCCUCCAGAGAUGACCAGAGAGGAGCCGGCAGGUGCAGGGAGGUCUCCCGAGGAACAGGGUCACCAUGGUAACAGCGUGCGAAGACUGGCUCUACGCUUAGAGGCUCUGAGCUCUCAGGUGCAGCGGCUAGCGAGGGAGAGAGACGCUCCCCAGCCUGCUAAAGAGGAACUUACCAACCUUCUGCAAAGUCUCCGGCAGGACCAGGAGGGCUUGGUGCGGUCCGUGGAGAGAGAGCUACAGAGAAUGGCCCAGAAGCUGGAAAGCCUCGGUCAUCAGCCCCACACACCACGACCACAAGACGACCAUAGACCGCAGACAGGUCUCCGUGAGGUUUGUGAGGUGCCCAAGGACCCUGUGUAUCCCCACUGUGCAGAGAAAGUUGAGUUCCUGCAAGCCCGUUGGGACUCAGACCUCUGCUAUGCUUUCUACGGGGUGGAUGGUACCACCUGCUCCAUCCUGACCUAUCUGAGUGAGAGAGAAGACUUCUGUCCCCCCCACCCUGGAAGAAACCAUUCAGCACCACCAUGGCACCAGCAACCACGCACCCACAAAGAGAAGGCAGAGGUCCGGACGACUCUGAGGCCAUUGUAUGAGGUGUUUGGUGGAAUUCAGGGUCCUGCAAGAAGGUUCAUCCGGUCCAGGGUGGAGAGGCUGUCUACAUGCUGGAUAAAGGCGGGACACAGGAUACGAGAGAACACCACUAAGACGACUUCACUGCAGAAGAGGGUCCUGCUGUACCCGGGGGUCCUGUCUGGGGGUGCAGGCCAGCGGUUCGGGGCCAUGGUGGACCAAGGGGGGCCUCUGGGGGAGCUGGUGCAGUGGGCUGACCUCAGUGCCUCUCUCUUCAUCCUGGGUCACAAUCUGACCUUUACCACCUCCCAGAACCACCUGCACAGUGUGAUAGGUGCAGCCCCGGGUAAAGGAAGCUGCCCCAUUCAGAUGCCCCUGCCCUUUGACCUCAUCUAUACAGACUACCACGGCCUCGCCCAUCUCCAGGGAGCCAUGGGGCUGGCCUUCCAACACUACCAAUGCCGCUUCCGAAUCCUUGACUCUUUUGGUACGGAACCGGCUUUCAACCUAGGGACGUAUGCCCGGAGCCAUGGUUACAACACGCUAUGGGGAAGCUGGCGUCUACAGCCACUGCAGUACAUGACCAUGUUCCCUCAUACCCCUGACAACUCGUUCCUGGGGUUUGUGAGUGAGGAGGCGAUGGUGGAGCAGGAAGAGAGGGAGGAGGAAGUGGAGCCAGGGCCUUACAGGAAGGACAACACGGCUGUGGUCUACGGGAAACAGGACUACAUGUGGCAGGGCAAGGAGCGUUAUCUGGAGGUGAUCAGUCAGGAGCUGGAGACCCACGGCACAGUGUACCAGCCUCCAGGCCACUCCGCUCAGCUGCCCAGUAACAUCAUCAACCACGGCCUGCUGACCCAGGAUCAGUUCUUACAGCUCCUCAGAAGAGCCAAGGUGUUUGUGGGCCUUGGGUUUCCCUAUGAGGGUCCAGCUCCUUUGGAGGCCAUAGCUUUAGGUUGUGUCUUCCUCCAGCCGCGCUUCCAGCCCCCUCGCUCCUCUGAAAACAGUGACUUCUAUAAAGGGAAGCCCACAACACGACAGGUCUCCUCCCAGCACCCCUAUGCUGAGGAGUUCAUCGGUAAACCCUACGUUUGGACCGUGGACAUGACCAACACUACUGACGUUCAAGAGACGGUCAGGGCUAUUCUACGCACAGAGGUCAAGCCCUUCACCCCUCGAGAGUUCACCAGUGAAGGGAUGCUGGAAAGGGUCCAUGCUUACAUCACUCAUCAGGACUUCUGCAGCGUGUCCUUCCCUACCUGGCCACCUGAGAGCGCUCUGAGAAUACACCUGGGCCCCCUGGGCCAGUCGUGUGUGAGUGUUUGUCGACGUGCCUCCCUGGUGUGUGAGCCGGCACUGUUCCACCACCUCAACAACCCCGCAGCGUUCACCAGACUGGGCCUGUCCUGCUCCAGCAUGGACCAGGAAGUGGACAACCAUCUAUUUCCUGCCUACAGCCCGUGGGGUCGUCGCUGCGGCCUGCAGCGGGAGCGUCUCCUGUUCAGCUGCGCUGGGUCCGACCCUGUCCACCGCAGACUCUGUCCCUGCAGGGCCCACCGGGCGGGACAGGUGGCGCUGUGUCCUGACUGCCUCUAA